UUCUAUUUCAUACUUUUUGAUAACACUGUGAUCGACACGCAAUAUGUUAACGCGGUUGAUGAGUCUGUGCUGAGUAACAGUGGAGAAGAGAUUGUCGAGCGACAUUUACUUGUAGACGGAUUCUCUGAUGAAAGCGAUACCGUUGUCCGUCUCAUUCCUCCUAGUGACUCUGGUGACAGCGGGAGGAAGGUACUUGAGAUUGGACUUGGUGGAGGAAGUUUCGAUAUGGCGCUGCACAAAAUCAAGCGUGAA